GUUACUCUGUCCGCCUCGUCUAUGAUGACUCAUUGCAAGUGCUAGAUGUCGUACGGCCAAUACAACUACGCUGCCGGACCUACGGCAUCACAGCACUAUCCGUUUCAAUAUCCCGAAGAAUACGCCGAAACGCUAGGAGGCCAAACACGUUCGCUCCGCACCGAGCUCCUAUCCCCCAUAUCCUCGCAUCCAUCUUUGACACCUCCUCCCGACGUGCCGGUCUACACCGUGCCCAACACCGCGCCCCACACCGCGCCCCCACCCGAACCCGAAUCUGCACCCGCACCCGCGCCCGAACCAGAGUCUGAUGAGCUCGACCCUGCGCGUGGGCGCUCCUCGCGGCAUCGCGGCCCCUCAGCCCGUUUCCAGCGCGAGCGCGAGCAAGUGCACGCGUCCGCCGCCGCGACCGAAGUCCUCGCGUCCCUCAUCGCGAAAGAAUACGAGUGCCUGCGCCUGCGCAAGUACCUCAAGCACGCGCUGGCGCGGCUCGCGGCGGACGACGCGCGCGUGUCCGAGGCCGAGCGCGUCACGCAGCACGCGCUGGACCAGCUGCGCGCGGUCACGGACGCGAAGCUCGCGGCGGAGCGCAUGCUCGCGGGGGCGCAGGAGCAGCUGCGGAUGUGGAAGUUCCAGCACGAGCACGCGCAGCAGGAGAUCGUGCGUGCGCAGAGCGUCGUGAAGCUUGUCGAGGAGCAGAAGGAGGAUGCGGAGCGGGACGCUGCGGCGGCGCGGAGCUCGGCGCGUAAGCUGCAGCAUCGUGUCUUGGUUGCGGAGGCGAUGGAGGAGGGGAGGAGGCUGGGGUAUGACUCUGGAUUGCGCAUGGCGCAGAGAGAGCUGGAGCUGCUGGGGGUUGCGAAUGCAACUAAGAGUAAAGCCGCGCAGCCUCCUCUUCUUAUGGCCCCGAGUCGGCCUCCUUACGAGGCUCAGUCCCCGUACCGGGUUCCACCGAUGGAGAGCGGCGAAAUUGAAGAUUUGAGCGAUGUUUCCGACGAUGACGAUGACGAUUUCGAGGAGAUGUUGGCCCAGAAUGCUUCUGCUGCUCAAAAGCCGGCCGUUGCUGCUCCGCAACCGGUUCUGGCAAUGCCCAGUCCUGUGCAUCCCGCCCCUCCCGUUCUAGGCAGCACCAUACCCAUGUCUGCUCGGUCGCCAUCGAUCCAACUGGACCGUUUCCCGAUAGAAAUACCCUCUGCAUCGGUGUUGAAUGAUGCUCCUCCCCCGGUGCAGUCGCGCCGUCCUUCGUUCAGGCGCAAGCCAAAACAACCCUCCCCUGCACCAAAGCCUCCGCCAUCUCUCGCACCAAGACCUCCACCGUCUCCCGCGCGCUCCGCCGUUGUGCUCCCGCCGCCCGCGAGCCGACUACCGGACAACUAUGUCCCGCUUUCCACCGAGAGUGGCAUUGUGCUUCCACCGCCGUUCCAUCUGUCGCAGACUCUUUUGCCCCAGAUUCCAUCACCUGCUUCCGAGAUUGCGUCCGCUUGGACGGAUCUGCAGACAAAUCGAGCGCAGGUACCCGCGCCGAAAUACAACUACCGCGGCCCUUCACCUGACCGAGCGAGUUCUUAUGUGCCUGAGGGACAGCAGCGGGCAACGUCAUCUCAUGGGCACAGACCGAAUGAGCACUCCAGCGGUGCUCAUCGACAGCCUGUGGCAUCGACCCAUUCUCGCAGACGGUCUGAGCACAGACCAGGUUCGGAUGCCGAUGCGUUUUCGUAUACCCAUGCGUUGCAAGUCGGCGGAGGCGGCGCCGAGCCGACCAGCGGACGCAAUCUGCGCCGGAGCAAAGACAAGCGACCGAUAUCGCCUUCCUCUGCGGGAUCGCCCAACUACGGAAUUCUGCAGACUGAUCUUCCGAGUUUCGGCGCGCAGAUGCACUACUUGCAGCAGCAGCAGCACGCGCAUGUUCUCGAGGGGUUCAUUCCACAAAGCGUCACUGUUCCGGCGCAGGUUACCAUUCCAGUCAGCGUGCGAGGCAAGACGAUAUCUUCGCCUGUGGGAGAGGCCGUCGACGGCCGGGGGCGACCGAUCUCCAUCAUCAGUCGCCCCAUUUCCGUGGGCAGCCAGCGACCCGUGUCGGUUAUGAACCCACGGCCCGUCUCCGUCGCCGAGCCACGGCCGGCCACUCCCGCCCGACGCCCCGUCUCCGAGCUCAGCCACGCGCCAACCGAGCCGUGGCACUCCGGCGCGUCGCUCCAGCCCGACCCGCUCCCUCCCCGUCCGCGCUCGCGGGUGAGCAUGCACUCGAACGUCGGGCCGACGCUGACGGCGGGCCCGGCACUAACGCGCCAGGCGUCCCGCAACUCAUUGAUCUCGAAUAGCUCGUACGCACACUUUGAGCCGGCGUCGUAUGUGGACCCUGCGUUCUAUGCUGUCGAUGGCCAUGGGCCUGGGCGAGGCGGGCAUGGGCCUGCUCGUUCGGUGCGCUCUCGUCGGGCGUCUGAUGCGUCUGCGCUUUCUGGCUUGUCGUAUAUUCCUCAGGCUCCUAUCCUGAGGAUCGGCUUGCCCGUGGAUUUUCUCGUUGGCCUCCAUCCUCAGUCUCGUGGAAUUCGGGACUUUAUUCUCAGAUUUUUGGAAAGAGUUCGACGGGUCGAGAAAGGAGCCCCAUAUCUUAUCAGACACAGCUUAUCGGUCCGAGCCGACGAUUUGAUGUGCGCGGUGGUCACAGUCAGACUUCAUCUUGGUCUUGGUCCUUGUCUGGGGCUGCAUAUACACAUCGCCCCAGCUAUUACAAAAAAGCGUCCUAGACAGAUGCUGCUGCUUCAGCUCCUCUCCCCCCUAUUCAUCGCGCCGAUAGCCCUCUCAGCAACCCAGCACCCCUUCAAAGCGCCCGUCCCACCCACCACCCCCAACAAAAUCAUCACUCCCGAGAUCGACGCGUGGGUCACCACCCAACUCGCGCGCUGGAACUCCACGGGCCUCUCCCUCGCCGUCGUGCGCAAAGACGCCGCGCAGCCGGGCAGGUGGGCGGUUGAGUUCGGCUCGUAUGGUUUCGCGCGGCAGGGCGUGCCGGUGCGCCCCGACACGCUGUUCGCGGUCGCGUCGGACAGCAAGCUGUUCACGGCCGUCGCGGUCGGGCUGCUGGUUGCGAACGAGACGCUGGCGGGGCAGCGCGGGCGGCGGGUGCGGUGGGACACCCCCAUAGGCGAGCUGCUGCCCGAGUGGGGCUUGUGGGACGCGCGCGCGGCGCAGGUCACGCUGCAGGAUAUGCUGACGCACAGGACGGGGAUACCCCGCCACGAGUACUCGGGCCAGGUGCGGGGCGGCGGGCUUCCUGAGAUGAUAUCUACUCUGCGGCAUCUGCGCCCGUCUGCCUCGCUCCGUGACCGGUACCAAUACAACAACCUGAUGUUCGAAGCGCUGGCGCAUCUGCCUCCAACACUGCUCAAUCAAACAUUCGAGUCAUAUGUCGAGCAGCACCUCUUCAAGCCGCUUGGGAUGGACUCUGCGACAUACUCUGUACGUGAGGCCGAGGCGGGCGGCAGACUGGCUCACGGGCAUCAUUGGGAUAUGCGGGACUAUUCGCGCAAUAUCACUGGGACGCGCGUGCCCAUCGACCCGUACUUUCUGCGGCCCGGAGAAGAGGUCAUCUGGAGGGGAGCCGCAGGCGUCUUGGUCUCCGUCCGCGAUAUGGCUAUGUGGGCCGGUAUGCUGAUGAACGAGGGCCGGCAUCCGCUCACAAACGCGACAAUCGUUCCGAAAGAGGUGAUCGAGCACAUCUCAGCGGGGGUCAGUGUGGUCGCAGGCAAGGCUGUGCAUCCUGAACAGAGUCCCAAACUGUAUGCGUGCGCGCGAGUGCGGUAUUCCUAUCGGGGACACGAGAUUUUGGAGCACGGGGGCAGCAAUCCCGGCUUCAAAUCCCAGUUCACUCAACUCACAAACAAUGAGCUCGCGAUCAUCGCCAUGUCGAACGACGAUAGAGGGGUGCCUUUGACAGAGGGGAUCAAAUGGAGGAUCCUCGACAGUGUCAUGGGCCUGGAGCCGCUCGAUUGGAAUUCCAGAUUCGAGAAUGAUAUCGAGAACGAGAAACGGUUCCGUGGCCUGGGUACCAUGGUCCCCCGUCCCUCACACCCGGAGCCUGCAUCGCUCCCGUUCACCGAGAUGCUGGGCGUCUUCUCCCAUGCGGCCUACGGCCCAUUUUCACCGUGUCUGUUCGACGCGCCGACGUCGUGCUCCGACCCCGCAGUCGAGCGCAUGGUCCGCUUCAACGCGUCUCUGCACCCUGCGCCCACAUUCGUGGUCCCGUUCAAACGCACGCUGGCGACGCACCUGCUCUUCACGCAUUUCUCGGGCAACACGUUCAACGUGUCGGUCAUCUGGUCCAACACGCAGGCGCGGCUGGACGCUGGGUAUCCCGCGGGAGGAGACGUUGUCGUCGGUUUCGACGAGAGGCAUACUGUCGAAUGGGUGGGGGGCGCUCGCGAGGCGCGGUCUCAGCACGGAUGGGCGUUUGGCGGGAACUUUUGGGGAGCGGAGGGUGGGUAUGGUGAGGUGGUGGAGGGAGCAGAAGCUUGGUUCGGACGGGUGGCAUAG